CCCCCGGCCGCCCCCACCGUCCCCCAGAUGUACUAUGCGGUUUCCCAGGCGCGUGUGAACACGGCUCCCGGGACCAUGCUGAGGCCACAGCGGCCUGGAGAGGUGCAGCUCGGGGCCUCCCUGUACGAGUUGGUGGGCUACCGGCAGCCGCCCUCCUCCUCCUCCUCCUCCACUUCCUCCUCCUCCACCACGACCCCCCUCCUCCCCAAGGCUGCGCGCGAGAAGCCGGAGGCGCCGGCCGAGCCGCCGGGCACCGGGCCGGGGACAGGCGCGCACGCGGGCGGCAGCGCCAGGGCGGACGCCAAGGAGGAGCAGCAGCAGCAGCUGCGGCGCAAGAUCAACAGCCGCGAGCGGAAGCGCAUGCAGGACCUGAACCUGGCCAUGGACGCCCUGCGCGAGGUCAUCCUGCCCUACUCGGCGGCGCACUGCCAGGGCGCGCCGGGACGCAAGCUCUCCAAGAUCGCCACGCUACUGCUCGCCCGCAACUACAUCCUGCUGCUGGGCAGCUCGCUGCAGGAGCUGCGCCGCGCACUUGGCGAAGGCGCCGGGCCCGCCGCGCCGCGCCUGCUGCUGGCCGGCCUGCCCCUGCUCGCCGCGGCGCCCGGCUCCGUGCUGCUGGCGCCCGGCGCCGUGGGGCCCCCCGAUGCGCUGCGCCCCGCCAAGUACCUUUCGCUGGCGCUCGAUGAGCCGCCGUGCGGCCAGUUCGCGCUCCCCGGAGGCGGCGCGGGCGGCCCCGGCCUCUGCACCUGCGCCGUGUGCAAGUUUCCGCACCUCGUCCCGGCCGGCCUCGGCCUGGCCGCUGUGCAGGCGCAGUUCUCCAAGUGA